AUGCUCAACUCCAUCACCGCCUCGGCCGCUAUCAAACCCACAGUAGCCUUCACGACUCCGCAAAACUAUGCCACCAGACUCUCUCAUCUCCUCGCCCUCAAAUCGCUAAAUCCCCUCUGGUGUCCCACCAUCGUCACCCAACCCACUCCACAAACCGUCUCCUCUCUCGCCUCACACCUCGUCCCCCAUGCCAUUUCUCCCAUCUCCGCUAUUCUCUUCCCUUCCCGCACAGCAAUUUCUGCAUUCUCCGAAGCCACAAUUUCACUCAACACCCCUCUAUUACCUCCCUCUCACGACGGACUGAUUCUCGGAGCGUUAGGCAAAGACGCCGAGCUCAUAGACACUGCAUUCUUGCUCAAUAUUUCUUCGCAUGUGGAAAAUGUUCGAGUUAUAGUCCCUCCCACCGCUACUCCAAGUUGUUUAGUCAAAUCGCUGGGAGCGGGAGGCGGCGGUCGGAGGGUUUUGUGUCUACUCCCGCAAUUUGCGGGACUAAAUGAGCCUGAGGUUGUUCCUGAAUUUCUCCGGGAACUGGAGUAUGCUGGGUGGGUCCCAAUCAGGGUUAAUGCUUAUGAGACGCGGUGGUUGGGACCCACCUGCGCGGAGGGUAUAGUGGUGGAAGAGGGGAAUUUACGGGCAGUGGUGUUUAGUAGUUGUGCUGAAGUGGAAGGAUUGUUGAAGAGUUUGAGUGAGUAUGGGUGGGAUUGGGGGACGGUGAGGCGGAGAUGGCCGGAAUUGGUGGUGGCUGCACAUGGGCCUGUGACGGCGGCUGGGGCUGAGAGGUUGGGUGUGGAUGUGGAUGUUGUGAGUGAUAGAUUUAGUAGUUUUGAUGGUGUUGUAGAUGCUUUAUGCAAUAGUUUGCAACUUGCAGGGUUUGACUUGUAA